GUUCCCAAUUGGGCUGAGGCCCAAAAGAAUGACGAACCGGAAAAGUAACUUUUUUUUUUUUAAUCCAAGCCAGUUCUAUGCAGACCAGCCCAAUGGGCAAAUCUAUUCACACAACUCAGCGGCAUCAUCUCCAUUCUUAAACCCUACCCAGAGCUACUCCUCCCUUGAACUCUCCAGCGGCCAACGCAGUUUUGCCAAACUACAACGUUGCUGUCUUCGCUCUUCUCUCUUUCUGUGUUUUCGCGUUCGUCGCGCCUUUCCUCCUAAGUGCUGCAAAUAUGUAUACGGCUAAGCAGAAGAUCCACAAAGACAAAGAUGUGGAACCUUCCGAGUUUGAGGAGUCUAUUGCUCAGGCAUUCUUUGAUAUGGAGAAUACCAACCAGGACCUGAAAAGUGAGCUGAAGGAUCUUUACAUCAACUCUGCAACCCAAAUUGAUAUCUCAGGGAGCCGGAAGGCAGUUGUGAUUCAUGUCCCCUAUAGGCUAAGGAAGGCCUUCCGAAAGUCUCACAUUCGGAUAGUGAGAGAGCUUGAGAAGAAGUUCAGUGGAAAGGAUGUCAUGAUCAUUGCUACCAGGAGGAUAGUAAGGCCCCCCAAGAAGGGUUCAGCUGCUCAAAGACCACGCAGCCGCACGCUCACUUCUGUCCAUGAAGCUAUGCUGGAGGACAUUGUGUUGCCUGCUGAGAUUGUUGGCAAGCGCACGAGGUACCGCCUUGAUGGAUCCAAGAUCAUGAAGGUGUACCUCGACCCGAAGGAAAGGAUUAGCACCGAAUACAAACUAGAAGCAUUCUCCAAGGUUUACCGAAAGCUUACAGGCAAGGAUGUCGUCUUUGAGUACCCGGUCACUCCCGAUGCAUAAGGAUGCUAUAGCUAAGCUAUUUGUUUGUUCUGGGAGGCUGGAGGUUGCUAUCUAGUAUGAAGAUCUCCUGUUUUGAGGAUAUGGUACUUCAGUUUUGUUGCUAUUUGUCCCCGAUUUUCUGUUUAUGUUUACAAUCGUUCAUGAGACUGUCUAUGUCUAUGAUGCUUGGUUGGCAGAAUUUUCUGAUCUGAUUUGCUGUGAUAUGAAAGUGUAAAUUAGGCUUUGUGUGAAGUUCCUAUUGAAGGAAAGAGCACCUUUCCUUACAGCUUGCUGCCAUAUUGACCCAAGCGGUUGUGGGCUGGCCUGGUAGUUAUAGUUAUAUCUUUGAUUACACUGUGAGCAGAAGUGCACGUGAGCCACUUGUAAAUGUCACUCGACAGAUCAGAAAAAGUGGUGGUGG